GAUCUAUUUCUGACAGAACGUUCGCUCAGGGCAAACGAAGUGCAACCGGCUCGCAAUAUCAAUUUUAAAAUUUAUUUUCUCUAGUACGCAGUCAUCCUCAAAGAAUGGAUAAUAAUGAAACGCCCAUUGCAUCAGUCUAUCCGCAGACUCUAUACGAGUAUGCAAAAAACUUUCUUGACUUGGACGACAAUACCCCUUACGAUUUAAAUGCUUGGUAUGAAUUGGCGAAGGACCGACUGGAAAACUACAGUGGAAACCCUAUGAUGGUUGACGUUUGGUCGCAGACCACAUAUGACAACAUUACCGUUGACGCUGAGGAUGAGGAUGUGCGAAAAGACGUUUGUACGCAGACCACAUAUGACAACAUUACCGUUGACGCUGAGGAUGAGGAUGUGCGAAAAGACGUUUGUACGCAGACCACAUAUGACAACAUUACCGUUGACGCUGAGGAUGAGGAUGUGCGAAAAGACGUUUGUACGCAGACCACAUAUGACAAUAUUAUCGUUGACGAUGAGGAUGUGCUAAAUGCGCAGCUGGGAAACAUGGACAUAUAAUGAGAAUGCGCGUUCUAAACAAAACAAACAAAAUUGGCACCGGGAACAUCAUUUCCAGCAUAAAAACCUGCAAAGACGAUCGGAACAAUAGUUACCUACAUAAGGACCAAGGAUGAUAGAUUUCGCCAUGCAUAAAUACUAUAAAGAUAUUGUGGCAAACACGAGACUUUGCGAACCGACUGGCAAUUGUGGCAGUACCGAGCGAAUGUGAGACUACAAGCUGAACGUUGAUUUGUUGUUGGCAGCAAAGUGUACGCUACACUUGCAGUAUAAACGUAUUAAAGCAUUGUGGAGACGGGUCGUGAUUGUGAUUGCCACAGUACCUUAUCGGAUGCCUGGUGAAAGAAAUGGACAUACAUAGACUUGUUCAAAUCAACAUUUAAAUAGACUAAAUUUACAUGUUACGCUUUACAAGUAUAUAAAAUAAUUAGUAUAAAAGUAAUUAG